GACCAGCCCCGACCAAUCAGCUGGAGCCCAGGAGGUCACCUGACGCACUGACCUUCACAGAGAGGUGAUAAAGUGAGGUGAUCCUCUGAGGGAGAACUUAUUCUGUUCUCCUGCACAUCCUCACAAACUACGCCCCAACAACAAGGACAUCCACCCCGAGCUCCAGAUGAGACCAGACCAGCCCGGCACAAUGUCUCGGUUCUUGGAUAUGGCGGAGUUUGGAGAAGCUGGUCGAUACCUUCGGCUCACCAACUUGGAGCAGCUAGCUGCCAGAGCCCAAGCCUUUGACGGUACGAAGCGUGUUUGGAUGCCUGACGAUGCUGAGGCGUACAUCGAGGUGGAGGUUAGAGAGCUGAACGGAGACAAGACGACUGUGGAGACCAAGGACGGACGGUUUCUGAUAGUAAAAGAAGAAGACCUCCAGCCGAUGAACCCCCCGAAGUUUGACAUGAUGGAGGACAUGGCCAUGUUGACCAACCUGAACGAGGCUUCUGUCCUCUUCAACCUGAAGAGGAGAUACAACAUGUGGAUGAUCUACACCUAUUCCGGUCUGUUCUGUGUGACGGUGAACCCGUACAAAUGGCUGCCCGUCUACUCCGCCGAGGUGGUGGCGGCGUAUAAAGGACGACGUCGUUUGGACACGCCCCCUCACAUCUACGCCAUCGCUGACAACGCCUACACUGACCUACUGCAGAAUCGUGAGAACCAGUCCAUGCUCAUCACAGGAGAAUCAGGAGCAGGAAAAACAGUCAACACCAAGAGAGUGAUUCAGUACUUCGCCAUCACCGCCGCUCUGGGGGAAAACGUGAAGAAGGGCAGGUCUUUGGAGGAUCAGAUCAUUGAAGCUAAUCCCGCCAUGGAGGCGUUCGGCAACGCCAAGACCAUCCGCAACGACAACUCCUCUCGCUUCGGAAAGUUCAUCAGGAUCCACUUUGGGCCGACCGGGAGGCUGGCGUCUGCUGACAUCGACAUCUAUCUCCUGGAAAAGUCCAGAGUUGUGUUCCAACAGCCAGGAGAGAGGAGCUACCACAUCUACUACCAGAUUCUGUCCAAUCACAAGCCAGAACUACAAGACAUGCUGCUGGUCAACACAAACGCCUACGACUAUCACUUCUGCUCCCAGGGAGACACCAAGGUGGAGGGCAUGGACGACGGGGAGGAGCUGAAGCUCACAGAUCACGCCAUGGACACGCUGGGCUUCACUCCAGAGGAGAAGUACGGCUGUUACAAGAUCGUCGGCGCCAUCAUGCACUUCGGGAACAUGAAGUUUAAGAAGAAGCAGAGGGAGGAGCAGGCCGAUGCCGACGGCACAGAGAGUCUGGAUAAGGCAGCGUAUCUGAUGGGAAUAAGCUCUGCUGACCUGCUGAAAGGAAUCCUGAACCCCCGGGUCAAAGUGGGAAACGAGUGCAUUGUGAAAGGACAGACUGUAGAACAGGUGAACUAUGCAGUAGCAGCUCUGGCUAAAGCCACAUAUGACCGAAUGUUUAAGUGGUUGGUGAGUCGUAUCAACUCGUCCUUGUACACCGCGCUGCCUCGCCAGUACUUCAUCGGAGUCCUCGACAUCGCCGGCUUCGAGAUCUUCGAGUUCAAUAACUUCGAGCAGCUCUGUAUCAACUACACCAACGAGAAGCUGCAGCAGUACUUCAACCACCACAUGUUCAUCCUGGAGCAGGAGGAGUACAAGACCGAGGGGAUCGAGUGGACCUUCAUAGACUUCGGUUUGGACCUGCAGGCCUGCAUAGACCUCAUAGAGAGGCCCAUGGGUAUUUUGUCCAUCUUGGAGGAGGAGUGUAUGUUCCCCAAGUCCACCGACACCAGCUUUAAAACCAAACUCUACGACAACCACCUGGGAAAGUCGCCAAACUUCCAGCGGCCGCGACCGGACAAGAAGCGCAAAUAUGAGACGCACUUUGAAGUGGUCCACUAUGCAGGAGUGGUGCCGUACAACAUCACCGGCUGGCUGGACAAGAACAGAGAUCCUCUGAAUGAGACGGUGGUGGUUCUGUUCCAGAAAUCCUCCAACAAGCUAAUGGCUGGACUGUUUGAGAACUACAUCAGCUCCGAGUCGGAAGGCGACCCAAAGGCCGAGAAAAAACACAGAAAGAGGAAAGGAGCUUCUUUCCAGACAGUUUCACAGUUACACAAGGAGAAUCUGAACAAGCUGAUGGCUAACCUCCGCAGCACUCAGCCUCACUUUGUGCGCUGCAUCAUCCCCAACGAGAGCAAGAAUCCAGGAUUUAUGGAUCCCUUCCUGGUUCUCCACCAGUUGAGGUGUAACGGGGUCCUGGAGGGGAUCAGGAUUUGCAGGAAGGGCUUUCCAAACCGAAUCCUGUACGCAGAGUUCAAACAACGGUAUCGGAUCCUGAAUCCCAACGCGAUUCCGGAGGACUCGUUUGUGGACAGCAAGAAGGCUGUAGAGAAGCUGCUGGGCUCUCUGGACAUCGACAACACCCAGUACAAGUUCGGACACUCUAAGGUGUUUUUUAAAGCCGGUCUGUUGGGUCUGUUGGAGGACAUGAGGGACGCCCGUCUGGCUCAGAUCCUCACCAUCGUUCAGGCCAUGUCCAGAGGGAAGCUGAUGAGGAUGGAACUACAGAAGAUGAUGCUGCAAAGAGAUGCCGUCAUGGUGAUCCAGUUUAACCUCAGGGCGUUCUUCUCUGUGAGGACUUGGCCGUGGAUGAUGCUGUUCUAUAAGCUCCGCCCCCUGCUCAGGAGCGCCCAAGUGGAGAAAGAGCUAGCUGCCCUCCAUGAAGAGUUCAAAAAAUUAAAAGAGGCUUUUGACAGGUCAGAGGUAAAGCGCCUGGAGGCCGAGGAGAGACAGGUGGUUUUGGUUCAGGAGAAAAACGAUCUGACUCUGCAGGUCCAAGCUGAGCAGGACAACCUGACAGACGCAGAGGACCGCUGUAACCAGCUGAUUCAGUCCAAAAUCUCUCUGGAGUCGAAGUUGAAGGAGAUGCAGGAACGUCUGGAGGACGAGGAGGAGGUGAGCACCAAACUGACGUCGAAGAAACGUCAGCUGGAGGACGAGGUGGUUGCUCUGAAGAAAGACGUGGACGACCUGGAGAUGACCCUGGCUAAGGUUGAGAAAGAAAGACACGGAGUGGAGAACAAGGUAAAGAACUUGUCUCAGGAGAUGUGUGUUCUGGAUGAAUCUAUCGCCUCCCUUACCAGAGAGAAAGGUGCGCUGCAGGAAGCUCAUCAGCAGGCGCUGAACGAUCUUCAGGCUCAGGUGGACAAAGUCAACAUGCUGGCCAAGGCCAAGACUCGGCUGGAGCAGCAAGUGGACAAUGUGGAGAGUUCGUUGGGUCAGGAGAAGAAGAUGCGGGUGGAACUGGAACGAGUCAAACGGAAGCUGGAGGGAGACCUGAAGCUGUCCGUGGAUUCAGUGAAGGAUCUGGAGAACCAAAAGGACGGGCUGGAGGAGAGACUGAAGAAGAAAGACUUUGAGCUGGGUCAGAUCCAGACCAAAAUGGAGGACGAGCAGAGUGUGAACGCUCACCUCCAGAAGAAGAUGAAGGAGCUCCAGACUCGUAUCGAGGAGCUGGAGGAGGCGCUGGAGGCGGAGAGGGCGUGGCGAACCAAAGCUGAACGUCAGAGGAACGACAUCGCCCGAGAGCUGGAGGACCUUGGAGAGAAACUGGAGGAGGCCGGAGGAGCCUCUGCUGCUCAGAUCGCCCUCAACAGGAAGAGGGAGGCAGACUUCAUGAAGCUACGUCGAGAGCUGGACGAGGCGGGGCUUCACCAUGAGACGACGGCCGCCACUCUCAGGAAGAAGCACUCGGACACGGUGACGGAGCUGAGUGAGCAGAUCGACGCUCUGCAGAGAGCCAAACAGAAACUGGAGAAGGAGAAGGCCGAGUUCAGACUGGAGGCCGAAGAUCUGGCUACCAACAUGGAGCAGCUGUCCCGGACCAAGGGAACAGUGGAGAAGAUGUGCAGGGUUUAUGAGGACCAGCUGAAUGAAAGCCGGAGUAAAGCCGAGGAGCUGCAGAGACAGCUGACUGAAGUUUCUGCUCAGAAGGCUCGAGCAGUCACAGAGACAGCUGAGUACAGCCGUCGUCUGGAGGAGCGCGACGCUAUGAUUAGCCAGCUCCAGCGCUCCAAGGCGGGGAUUUCCCAAAACUUUGAGGACCUGAAGAGGCAGCUGGAGGAGGAGAGCAAAGCUCGUGUGUCGCUGGCUCAUGCGGUGCAGUCGUCCCGUCAUGAAUGCGGUCUGCUGAAAGAGCAGCUGGAGGAGGAGCAGGAGGCCAAGGCCGAACUGCAGAGGGCGCUGUCUAACGCCAACAGCCAGGUGGUUCAGUGGAGAGCCAAGUACGAGACGGACGCGGUGCUGAGGAUCGAGGAGCUAGAGGAAGCAAAGAAGAAGUUGGUCGUCAAGAUGCAGACUGUUGAGGAAGCCGCGGAGACGUCUCAGGCCAGAUGUUCCUCUCUGGAGAAAACCAAACUGGGCCUGCAGACAGAGAUGGAGGACCUGGUGGUGGAACUGGAGCGAUCCAACGCCGCUGCUCUGGCUCUGGACAAGAAGCAACGCAACUUUGACAAGUUGUUGGGUGACUGGAAGCUGAAGUUUGAAGAGAGUCAGACGGACCUGGAGGCGUCACAGAAAGAGUCGCGCAGUCUGAGCACCGAGCUCUUCAAACUGAAGAACUGCUAUGAAGAAGCUCUGGACCAUCUGGAGACAGUCAAGAGGGAAAACAAGAACCUGCAAGAUGAGAUUCUGGAUCUGACUGAUCAGAUCAGUCUUGGAGGGAAAACCAUCUAUGAGCUGGAAAGAACGAGGAAGAUCCUGGAUGUGGAGAAGAGCGACAUCCGAACAGCUCUGGAGGAAGCAGAGGGUACUCUGGAGCACGAGGAGAGUAAGACUCUGAGAUUUCAGAUGGAGCUGCAGCAGAUGAGGACUGAGAUCGAGCGCAAGAUCGCAGAAAAAGAUGAAGAAAUUGACAACCUCAGGCGGAGCCACCAGAGAUCUCUGGAGACCACGCAGGCCAGUUUGGAGGCGGAGGUUCGUAGCCGCAGUGAGGCGGUUCGUCUGAGGAAGAAGAUGGAGUCUGACCUGAACGAGAUGGAGAUCCAGCUGGGACACGCCAACAAGCAGGCGACUGAGAACCAGAGGAUCAUGAGACACCUCCAGACUCAGGUUAAAGAGCAGCAGGUGGAGCUGGAGGAUAAAGUCCAGUUGACCAAUCAGCUGAGAGAACAAAUGGUCCUGAUGGAACGCCGUUGUUCUCUGAUGACUGCUGAGGAGGAGGAGCUGCGCAGUGUCCUGGAACAAACCGACCGCGUCCGCAAGAUGGCUGAACACGAGCUGGUGGAGGUGUCAGAGAGAGCCAACCUGCUCGCCACACAGAACGCCGGUCUGUUGAACCAGAAGAAGAAGCUGGAGUCCGAUCUGUGUCUCCUGACCGGAGAGGUGGACGAGGUGCUGCAGGAGAGUCGCAGCGCCGAGGAGAAAGCCAAGAAAGCCAUCACUGACGCGGCUCUGAUGGCCGAGGAGUUGAAGAAGGAGCAAGACAGCAGCAACAUGUUGGACAGGAUGAAGAAGAACAUGGUGUCUACGGUUAAAGAGCUGCAGGUCAAACUGGAUGAGACGGAGCAGAUGGCGCUCAAAGGAGGAAAGAAACAACUUCACAAGCUUGAGACCAGAGUGAGGGAGCUGCACACAGAGCUGAUGGUAGAGCAGAAGAAGAGCGAGGAGUAUCAGAAAGGAGUCCGUCGUUAUGAGAGGAGAUGCAAAGAGCUGACGUACCAGACGGAGGAGGACAGGAAGACUCUGCUGAGAAUGCAGGAGCUCAUUGAAAAACUUCAGACCAAAGUGAAGAGCUACAAGAGGCAGACUGAGAACGCUGAGGAGCAGGUGAGCUGCAGCACGGUGCGUUUCAGGAAAGUCCAACACGAGCUGGACGACGCAGAGGAGAGGGCUGACAUCGCUGAGACCACCGUCAACAAGCUGCGGAUUCGAACACGAGAACAAGCCAGCAAGGUCGUCCUGAUCGCUGAGUGAAGCUCUGCUGCCUCCAAAGAUGCCCCCCCCCCCCCCCCCCCCCCCGUACUGUUUAAGCUGUUUUGAAUGGAAGUGUCUCAGGCAGCGAAUCGAGCGGACUGAACUGAUAAAAGUUCAACUUUAAGGUUGCAGUACUUUGAUUUGAUGACAUGUUGGUUGUUUGGUGUAAAAGGUGAGAUGAUGGGGAUUUGGGGGAGGGCAUGGCUAUUUCCUGGAAGACGUGCAGACGUGCUUCAUACUGAAACAAGAAAAGUUUCAGUACAAAAUAUUUAUUUUCUAUUUUUCUGUCAGCAUAAGAAAACACAUAUCUGGUUUCUUUAUUCUGUGUGUUGAAGUUUGAGUAUAAGAAUGUGCAUGUUAUUUUUGAGCUGCAUGAGUUAAAAAAAAAAGAUAUAUAUUUAUAGAGAAAGAAGAGGUGUUUAUUUAUGUGACAUGUAGUUUAUUAGAUUAAACCUUUUAAGUGAUGAAGAGUUAAAAGUGAACUCCUGUUAGUUAAACCUGGCCCUUACUUUGAUGAAGUGCAGCCUAAUGGUGCACUGACUUUAAAGUAAACUGAUAUAUUGACUGGAGCGAUGUGUUACCACAUUCAGCACAGACAUGUGGACGGUAACCGGUAAGGAGGACUGAAGCCUGGUGUUGUUAGCAAUGCUAACGUUAGCCAUGCUCUGCAAACAUAUUUGUACAUUGUUUACAGACGGUCAAAUUCAACCCACAAUGCACUGCUGUUUGGUUCACUUCCCUUGUUUGGUUCGGAUCGCAUUCUCACCUACGGCGUACCGAACUCUGGUGCACUUGGAAGCGAAUCGAGACCCCCAUUUUGAAGCGCACCAGAGCUCGUUUGAGCUUUAACACCACCAAACGAACUAUCUGACAAAAAGACCAGAGCUCUGAUCACUUGAUAAAAACAGGGAUUUUGCCUCACAGAACACAGGAGCGUGUUUGUUUUUUGUGACAGUUAUGACAAACGAGCUCCUCCUGCAGUGCUCUGGAAGUGAAAUAACUGGUUUUUCAAAGGAGUCUGUGGGCUUUGAAGACGGCGAUGUUCACGCUGCUUCUGACUACCUGUUACUCCUUUCGACCUCGUGUUAAAAUAAGGUCCAGGUUUAAAAUACUGGAAUCAUUCUUAGAGAUCAAAUGUGUGAUGCUGAAGUUUCUCUCAUAGAGUGUGUGUGCAGUUAUUUAAGUUUUUGGUUUUAUUAAACAUUAAAUGAGUGGUUGAGUCUAUCAAGCUCUUAGAACUAACAUCAAAUAUUUUAGUAUUUGCCUCUGUAAAGAAACAACUACAAAGUACAAGUGCCUCACAUCUGUAGCCUACUGCGGUACGCCAUUCUGCCCCCUAGUGGCCAGAAAUUCUUCAUAUCUGAUUCUUGCAGCAGAAAGUGAUGAUGAAGCAGAUUUGUGUGUUUGAUUCUUGAUGUGAAGGUUUGCAGUGCAGUAAAAAGUGAAUAAGAAUAAAUACCUGCUGGUGUUGACUUACA